AUGAUAUUUUCAAUUUACUUGUUUGCCAUUGCAAACGCGUACUUGAGUUUCGAUCUCAACCCUCUGGUCAAAGAGUCACAGACUUGGGAUAAGAGGGAUAAUAUCCAAGCAGACCUCUUUAAUGAACAAAUUUAUUACACUGUUGAUUUCCAAGUUGGAUCCAAUAAACAAAAUGUUUCCCUAGUGGUGGACACUCGACUGGGACUCAUGUGGUUUCCCGCAGCCGGCUGUUCGGGAGGAUCAUCUAAGAGAGAUACCCUUGAUGACUUCUACAAUUGUGAGUCCAAGGGAACCUAUAAUCCAGAGGAUCUGGACACGUUCAAGAACGAAUCCAUCUCUGUGGUAGCUGAUUUUGGUGGGAUUGGUCUUAGUGGAUAUUCUGCUAACGACACCCUCAUCCUUGAAGAUGACUCGUUUGAGAUGUCUUUCGUUGUUGCAACCAGGUCAGACAGUGUCGGAAUGCUUGGGUUAGGAUAUCCUAGCUCCGUUUACGUCACAGAAGGAGAAAAAUAUCGGUACCAUGGCAGUUUUAUUCGCACUCUUUGGCUUGACGACUUGAUUCAAUCUGAAUCUUAUUCAAUUCGCCUUGGACCCAAUCGUGCGGACAAAGGACAAUUGUUGUUGGGAGCUGUUGACCACAGUAAGUAUACUGGUACACUUGGAGUGGUUCAUAUGACCACUCCCUACACCGGCACCUAUAGGGUUGGUGAUAUUCUGAUCAUAGUGGAUCGUUUUCUGGGUGAUGGUUUCAGUAUACCAGUCCAAUUGCCGGCUAUCAUACUCUUAAGUUCAAGGGUCCUGCUGUUCCCUUACGAGUACGUCAAAGAACUUGGUGAGAAGCUCGGAGCAGUUGAGGAAUCCAGGAGCUCUCACCGCUUAGAUUGUGGAUUGUUGAAUCUGACUAGUCUGAUAUCAUUGUACUUCAGUGGAGUUGAAAUUCAAGUUCCAAUUAGAGAUUUGGUUUGGCAAGAGAAAAAUGCUUGCUACCUUUCAUUCAAUGUCGCCAACGGGCCAAGUAUAAUCGGCCAGGACAUACUCAGAAGUAUUUACUUGGUGAUUAACUUGGCUCGAGACCAGGUAGGAUUGGGCCAAGCAAGCCUUGCUGACAAUCCUGGCAGAAUUGAGGAAAUCUCGUUCAACAUUCCAGGAGCUGCUACUGCAACGCAGUAUUCGUAUACUCUGGCCAGAGAGAGAUAUUCCGAAGACAGUUCUGGCAGAUGGAGCACAUACAGCAACUCCGUACCAACAGGUCCCAGUUAUCUGAUCAACACCAGCAGUAGAUCCGUGGAUCUUGGUAAUGUGGUCUAUCUGUUGACUGUGAGCGAAGAAUCUUCAGGGAUAACAUCGUCUUCAGAAACAGGAGGUAACUCUCGGGCGGAAAGCAGUACUCAAGGGCAUAGCUCUCUAUCGGAAGAUAGUCUGAAAACUGGAAUUGUAUCUACGGCUUCCGAGUCCUCCAUUUCUAGUUUUCUGAAUGGAGAUAGAAAAGUUUAUCUGACAUUUUUGGUCUUCGUUAUGAUGAUAUUGUCAAUAGUUUGA